GAAGCCAGGGCCCGCUUCCGGGCGGCUGAUUCGAGGACUUGUUUUGUCACCAGCGGAACCUCUGAAGAGUUCUCUCUGGGCGGGCCAUGCCUUCCGAGGGUCGCUGCUGGGAGACCCUGCAGGCGCUGCGCAGUUCCGAGAAAGGUCGCCUCUGCUACCACCGCGACUGGCUGCUGCGGGGCGAGGAUGUUUUAGAAGAAUGUAUGUCUGUUCCCAAGCUGUCUUCGUACUCUGGAUGGGUGGUAGACCAUGUCUUACCUCACACGCAAGAGAAUCCACCAUCCUCGGAGACUUCAGAAUCCUCUAGAUCCACUUCAGACGUUGAACAACCUUCAUGCGUUCCCAAAUCUCCCAUCAGAACCCCCACCUUCUCAACAGCUUCUCCAGCAACACCAGAUGGAACCGAGGACAAACAGGAGUCCCAGCAUGCAGAACCUAUGGCACUUCAUUCCUCCCGGAGGAUCAAAGUGGAAGGCUGCAUCCAGAUGUAUGAGCUGGUGCACCGGAUGAGAGGAACCGAGGGCCUGAGGCAGUGGCAAGAGGAGCAGGAGAGGAAGGUGCGAGCCCUCUCUGAGAUGGCCUCUGAACAACUGAAGCGCUUCGACGAGCGGAAGGAGCUGAAGCAUCACAAGGAAUUCCAGGACCUUCGGGAAGUGAUGGAGAAGAGCUCCAGAGAAGCCCUGGGGCACCAAGAGAAGCUGAAAGCAGAGCAUCGGCACAGAGCCAAGAUUCUCAACCUGAAGCUGCGGGAGGCCGAGCAGCAGCGCCUGAAGCAGGUGGAGCAGGAGCGACUGCGGAGGGAGGAGGGCCAGCUCCGCCUGCGGGGCCUCUACGGGCUGCAGGAAGAGGUGCUGCAGCUCAGCCAGCAGCUGGACGCCUCCGAGCAGCACAGGGACGCGCUCAAGGUGGACCUGUCCGCCUUCCGGACCCGCGGCAACCAGCUGUGCGGCCUCGUCUCGGGGAUCAUUCGGGCCACUUCCGAGAACGGCUUCCCCACAGCGGAGGACCAGGCUGUGGCAGAGAGGGCCCUGCAGGACAUGCGCGACCUCCUCACAAGUUUGCAGCAGGAGGUCGCCAGGGCCUGUGAGGACAAGAGGAGGCAGGAUGAGGCCCAGGCAAAGCGGCAAGAGUCACACACGCAGCAGAGGCCAGAGGUCCACCGAGAGGCCCCCGCUCCCAGCCAGGGCCCAGGAGGGAAACAGAGUGAAGGCCUCCAGGUCAAGGUGCAGGACCGUACAAUGCGCUGGUACCAGCAGCUGCAGGACGUUUCCAGUCAGUGCGUGUUGGCCUUCGAGGAGCUGACCAACAGCAAAGACAGUCAGCUCCUCCCGGCACCGCGUGCCCUCACUGUUCUCUGCUGGCAGGCCAAGAAGAUAAAGAUGGACCUCCAGAAGGCUGCCACCAUCCCAGUGAGCCAGAUCUCCACCAUUGCAGGCUCAAAGCUGAAGGAGAUUUUCGACAAGAUCCACAACCUGCUCUCCGGAAAACCUGUCCAGUCUGGCGGGCGCUCCGUGUCCGUCACACUCAACCCACAGGGCCUGGAUUUUGUCCAGUACAAGCUGGCAGAGAAAUUUGUGAAACAAGGAGAGGAGGAGGUGGCCUCUCACCACGAAGCGGCGUUCCCCAUUGCAGUCGUGGCGUCUGGGAUCUGGGAGCUCCACCCCAGAGUGGGCGACCUCAUUCUUGCCCAUCUGCACAGGAAGUGUCCCUACUCUGUUCCCUUCUACCCAGCUUUCAAGGAGGGAAUGGCUUUGGAAGACUACCAGAGGACGCUUGGCUACCAAGUGAAGGACUCCAAAGUGGAGCAGCAGGACAACUUUCUAAAACGCAUGUCUGGGAUGAUCCGCCUCUACGCCGCCAUCAUCCAGCUCCGGUGGCCGUACGGAGGCCGACAACAGAGUCACCCUCACGGCUUAAACCACGGCUGGCGCUGGUUGGCACAAAUCUUAAACAUGGAGCCCCUGUCAGAUGUGACAGCCACCCUUCUCUUUGACUUCUUGGAGGUGUGUGGGAAUGCCCUCAUGAAGCAGUACCAGGUACAGUUCUGGAAGAUGAUACUUCUCAUCAAAGAAGACUACUUCCCCAGGAUCGAAGCCAUCACCAGCGCCGGACAGAUGGGCUCCUUCAUACGCCUCAAGCAGUUCUUGGAGAAAUGUUUGCAGCACAAGGAGAUUCCUGUCCCCAAGGGCUUUCUGACCUCCUCCUUCUGGCGUUCCUGAAGGCACCCCAGCGCCCACCAUCUCCGUUCUGUUACAGAGGGACACUAAUAAAGCACCUAAAAACACCUGUAUUGGGGAGAAGUCAUGUCAGAUUUAGAAAUCUACCAGCAUGUGCGUUUAUAUAUUUGUGCCCGUGACUAGGAGGAGGGAUCGCUCAGGGAUCCCAGGAUCGAGGAGGUCUUGUGGGCCGAACAGGUCCUUCAGGGAUCCACAUGGCGGAGAAAACAGAAUCGGCUUUUCUCACUUAUGCAAACAUGGUGAAAAGAGGUGUUCAGUUCUUGGUCUCGUCCUUCAUUUCCUUUGUCUUGGAGCCCCCCACGCCCACUCCCCUGCCCUGCCGCCCCUGCCCAGGGUACGGGUUAAUGGUUGAGGCUCAAAUCCUUACAGGCAAGUCUGGGCUGUGGUGGUUUUGCUUUCUCAGCUUGUGGAGUAAUUAUAAAUUCAGAGGAAAUGCCUGGUGCAGACGGGAUUAAGCCCCAAAUUGUAUCAGAGACGGUUUAGCAUCCGGGAUUAGGACUGUUAAUACGUGUUAUACUGAGCAGGAAGCACUGUUUGCCUUUCUGAUUUGGCAUGUGCCCCCUGAAGGACCCGGGACGCACGAACCAGAGUGUGGGGGGGGGGUGUUUGUUUGUUUCUGAAUUUGACAUGGGCUGAGUGGGCGUGCCACAUUCUGCAGGAGCCAGGCACCUGCGGGCAGUGAUGCAGAGGGUAAACGAAGGGUGUUCGGGAGGAAUCAAGAACCGCCUUGUAAUUGUUCACGUGUCCUGAACGGAGAGUGAGGGUGGAUUUGCCUGACUGAAGCCACGACAGAAACUCAGAGCCUGGCUGUUGACAUAAGAAUUGAGAUUUGUUUUACGGAAGACUCACGUCGUUUGUGGCGCAGAGGCAGGGAUCUACCCCUUGUGCCACAUGUUGUGUGCAGGGCUAUUCCCUGCUUCUCCCAAGCGGCUUGAAGCAACACGUUCUAUGAAUUGUUGACUGUGGUGCCAAAAAGUAAGUAAUAAAGCUUGAUUUUUUAAAAACCCA